GAUGGUGUAUGUGAUGGUGGGAGGAGGCAUGCCACAGACAUCGCCUAUAAUAGCUAGAUGGCUGUUAGAUGUAGAUCAAAAUCAAGUCCCUAGUUCUAUAUAUAUGAAACAAGAGCAAGAAGAAGGAGCAGAAUUUAGAAUUGCACCUUCCAAUUGUCUUCUCAACUUCAACAAGAAAAAAAAACAAAUGGCUCCCUCGCCUUUGAGAUCAAAAACCAUCCUAAAGCAUGCUCGUUCUAGCAGUUUUCCCUCUACAUCUCACCCUAUCGUGUCUCAAUUCGAUGAACACUUGUGUAGAGUAAAAUCAUCUUCAGAGGCUACCCCUUCUUGUCUUUCAUCGUUCACCUGCAGACUAGGUGAUCUUGAAAACUUAUUUGAUUACAUGCAAGAUUUGCUUCAACUAUCACACUUUCAACAGGCCAUUAAUUCAAUGGACGCCAAUGUAUUAUUAGAGGGGUACCUCAAGGUAUUAGACGUUUGUGCCACCACUAAAGAUCUCUUAUCGAAUGAAAAGCAAAAUAAACAAGAACUUCUUUCAGCUCUUCGUAGGAGACGGAAUAUGGAUGAAAUUUCUGGCUAUCUAACCUCUAGAAGGAAGUCCAAAAAGAUGAUCCAAAAGAUCCUUAAAAGUUUGAAGAGUAUGAUGAAGGAAAAUUCUUGCGCAUUAAACAAGCCUGAACCAUUGGCUGUUGUUGGAGAAUUGCAGGAGGUCCAGUCAGUCACUCUAGGACUAUUUAAGGCCUUGUUGUCCUAUAUCAAUGGAACCGGAUCUCAAUCAAGUAGUCGUUGGUCAUUGUUGUCCAAGAUUAUGCCCUCGAAAAAUGAGGAAUUAAUAGCCAAUGAAUUUGACAAUGUUGAUGCUGCUUUGUGCUCAUUUCUCAGUCUAAAUAAGACUGGCCAGUACGAAGAAUUGCAGAAUCAGCUGCGAGAGAUGGAAGCGACUAUUGAGGUUCUUGAAGAUGGGCUUGAAUGCUUCUUCAGGCGCUUAAUAAAAACUAGAGUAUCCCUCCUCAAUAUUAUGAAUCACUAGCUAGCCAUGAAUAGAUGUUGCAGCCCAAAGGGCUAUCCAAAAUUUUUGUAUUACAGUAACACCUGUACAUUUUAUAUUAUACGUCACA